GACGACGCUUAGUCCCAAGAGUGAGUGAGCUUUGGCCGCAGCCGCCGCUAGGCCGCCAGCCAUCCCGCGAACACUCAGUCACUCGCUUGUAUGAAUCAAUGAAGCUGCGGAACAGUUUGCCUGUGAGGCUGGAAUUCUGAAUGCUUCCACUCACGCGACGUAGGAAUUCGAUGUCACAUUCCUUUAGUUUGUUGUACGAUUCGGAGCGCUGUAAUUGCAGGUUUUGUUCAUGAUUUGCUUUGUGGUCAUGAGAAACCACUGUUUGGCCAAAAGAUGAGAGAUCUACGCUCACAGGAGUCGAGAGAAGUGGCUGGUGAAGAAGGUUUAUUAUCGGCUGGGUGGAUGGAUAUUUUAGCUCGAGCCCACCUCAGAAAAGCAGUGAUGGAUGAUAGAGGAUUGACUAGAUCGAUAGAUCGAUGGGUAUAAGUAUGAGUAUGGGUAUGGGUGGAUUAGUUUUAGAGGUCAGCUUGCACGCGCAAAGUAUUUGUACAAGGAGGAUGAGGAUGAGAGUGGGGAAGAUUCAGUAGAUGAUGAUCGGUAGUAAUCCUCCUGGCAUGGUUCUCGAGAGGUUGUUGGAGAUACAGGGAUGAUAAGCUCGAAGGGACGAUGUAAAUCUGAGGAGAACUUGUGUUUGGAUAAAAUCCAAGAGUUGUGAGUCGAGCUUGUGUACUGCAGUGAGAGAGGGGGAGAUGAUGGCUUCGUGUUCUUGGCCUGUACGCAGCCAAGUGCUCAGAGUCGUGGUGUGGCUGACCAUGCUGGUGUUACUUCUGGGUAUUUAUCAGAGCUGCACAUCUCCCGACUCGGUUUGGUUAUCGUUUAGCUUCGUGGGAUCGCGGCCAUUUUUCUUGCUGGCACCCGAGUUGCCCUCUGACGGCCAACAACGACCUACAACAGAUUUUCAGACGGCUCCUUCUCCAUCGAGCUACGGACGAGAAGAUGCUACUCGAAUUCACCCUUCUUUGAAUUCUUCCGUAUCAUCGGAGACAAUGGCGAGGACUGGUAGUACGAAAGCUGAAGGUGCGAGGUCUGCCCCGACUAACGAAGUAGAUGAUAGAGGUGACUCCUGGGUCGGCGUUGCUGAUCCAGACUUGAAGGAGAAUACCGCUCUACCGCCAAGCGAGGAAAUUCCUAAAGGUUCGAAAGAUCUGAAUAGUGGUAUCAGUGAAGAUUUGGAUCUGCAGAACGGGUCAACCACGCCAUUCGCUCGAACGCGAAUAAUCAAAUAUUUGGAGGAAUUGGAGAAGUCUCAUCCAAGCAGCAAGAAGACCGAGCUAGAACUUUUGGCAGCAAAGCUGGCUAUUCAAGCUGCAACUGUGAACGAUGCAGACGCAACUCUCUACGGACUCCUCUACGACAACGUAUCUGCUUUUUCCUUGAGCUACAAGUUGAUGGAAGAACUAUUCCGAGUUUAUGUCUACAAAGAUGGGAGCAAUCGCUUCGUCCGAAAUGGCUCCUUGACAGGGAUAUAUGCUUCGGAGGGACAGUUUAUAGACAAGAUAAUCGGCUCGUGUUUCGAAGAAGACGAUCCAGAAAGAGCGCAUAUGUUCUUCUUGCCAUACAGCGUUGCAGAAAUGGUGCUGAGCUUAUAUGUGCCUGAUUCACAGGACAUGCAUCCUUUGAUCAACUUCGUCACAGACUACGUGAACAACCUUGCCAGGACUUACCCUUUCUGGAAUCGCACUGAAGGAGCCGAUCACUUUUUCGUCGCCUGCCACGAUUGGGGGCCAGCUACAGCGCGAGAUCAGCAACAGCUGAGGAACAAUUCCGUGAAAGUGGUCUGCAAUGCAGACAUGACAGAGGAAUUCGUAGUAGGGAAAGAUGCGUCCUUACCUGAGGUCUAUGUGCACAACCUGAAACCUCUUAAAGUGGGCGGUCCAGUGCUGAGCAAGCGAGCGUUUUUAGCAUUCUUCGCAGGCCAGAUGCACGGCCAUGUGAGGCCUGUUCUUAUUCAGCAUUGGAAAGACAAGGACUCCAGCAUGCGAAUAUAUGAGGAGAUUCCGAGGAACAUUUCAAGGCGAAUGAAUUAUGUCCAGCACAUGAAAAACAGCAAAUAUUGCAUCUGCCCAGCCGGAUUCGAGGUCAACAGUCCUCGAAUAGUGGAGGCUAUAUACUACGACUGUGUACCUGUUAUUAUUGCUGACAAUUUUGUUUUGCCCUUCAGUGAUGUGCUGAACUGGGAUGCCUUCUCCCUUACUUUGCCCGAGAGCGAAAUCCCCAACUUAAAAACUCAUUUGCUGAACAUUCCUGAAAAAAGUUACAGAAGUAUGCAGAGGAGACUCUCGAAAAUCCGACAACAUUUCCUCUGGCACCAGCAGCCCGUCAAGUACGAUGCAUUUCACAUGACGCUUCAUUCGGUCUGGAUGAGCCGCCUCAACCACAUACAUCUGUGAACGGUCUAUCGAUCGCGUCUAGUCCCCGAAGAAAUUAUUUCAGCUUUUAUUGCUCUCAUGUUUAGUCGCGAAGCUUGCUCUGGUUAUGGAUGACGACAGGAGCAAAGACAUGUUUGUAUGAUAUCAUUAGAUUAUUUCGAUGUACCCCAGCCACCAAGUAGUGGUCCAGUCCUCUGAAUCCUGAAGUGCUCGAUGGAAUAUGUGCGGGUAAACUCAGCCUUAUUGUGUAUUCUCUGUUAUGUUUAGUCUCCAAAUUGGCGAUCAAUGUGAACGCGUGUCUCGCAUCACACUGGAUAAACAAGGCGUCAUCCCCCUUUACAAGCUUCAGACCGUAUAGAUUAUUCGCCGUUAAGCCAAAAUACUCGAUGGAUUAAUUGGUUUUGGACACAAACUCCACCACCAAGUAUCAUGAUGAAGAGUAUAUUAUGGCUCGUCUAACUGGUCAGGUGACAAGCGAUAUUAGACGUGCCAUCAUAGAAUAACAACCAAGAAACGGUCAAUUUAUCUUGUGUUGAGCCUUAAAACCGAUCGGACCCACGGAACAGACAUGACAUUCAUUUAUAUAAGACUUCAAGGGGACGAAAUACGCAUCUGUUCUUGGUUGAAACUUCGAUAUUGAAGCUGGCAAAAUAGAGUUUUCGAAUAUCAC